AUGGAUUCAAACGGAACGCUGCGAGCGAAUAAAACAAAACCACAUCUCGCGCAGCAGAUUCAUAGUACUCGGUCAUCGUUAUCAGAUGCAGAGAGUAGUCGACAGGGAUGGUCUGGAGCAGAGUGGAAUACGAACUCCACCGCACGUUCCUCUCAUUCUUCAGGUGACGAACAACGCCGCUCAACGAUUGACACGUCACGACCCAGCUACCACCCCAAUGGAUCCGGAUCAGCUCUAUACGAUGUGACUACAUCUUCCCCUGUUAGAUCGACACAUUCACCUCUAUCAAACGGAUAUGCUCAAUCUGGACCUUCACAUUCAUCAGAUGGAUUCACUACUUCGGCAUAUGCGAAUGCCAGUUCGUCUUAUGCCAGGUCAAGGCGGAAAGAGACUGAGACUGGGGUUGAAGUAGAAUCAGAAUCAGAAGAUGGAUCGAACCAUAAUCAUAAAUCAGCAAAAGGCAGACUGAAGAAUAGAGGAAGAGGUAGUUCUUUCUCGCUACCUUUUCACAGAAGAAGAAGGUUAUCAGAUUCUCUACCUUGGCCAGCAAAAUGGUGGCCGGGCGGAGGUGGUUUUGGGAGUCGUUCUUCCAACAAACGAGGACUGUUAAUUAUUCUAGUAUUAUUGGCAAGUCUGAUAUGGGGUAUAUCAAUAUGGAAGAAAAAAUAUGAAAUACAAGUUGAAUUUUCUGUAUUCAAGAAAAAAUGGAUAAAAGAAGAAAUUGAUUCCAUAUCAAAAUUAAAAGGAUGUUUUCAAAAUCCUUCAUCUCAGUACAAUAUAACGAAACAUAACUCACCCAAACGAUAUACAUUAAACCCUGGAAUAUCAUUAAAAAGAGGAAUGGCAUGCUAUGAUUAUUCAUCUACGAUACAACCUAUACCUGAAUUAUCACCUGAAUCAUUGAUUUAUCAUACUUAUUGGAGAAGUGAUUUGAUACCAUUUGGCGAAAGACAAAUUAUCACUUUUUUAUCUUUUUUAGCCACUCAACCUUUGGAAUAUUCGAAAUUGAUUUUAUGGACAAACGGUAUGGACAUUUUACAAGAAAAUGAAAACAUUAAACCAUAUCUCGAAAAAUGGGGCGAAUAUAUUGAAAUCAGACAAGUCUAUAUGGAUCAAUUGACUCAAGGCACUGAUCUAGAACCUAUCCUAUCUUCUGCGUCGAGGGGAAAUGGGAAUGGUAAGCAGAAUGUAUUCGAUCAAAAAGCUUGGGUGGAUGGUGAUGCGAUUAGAUUAUUGGUACUUUGGCAUUAUGGUGGUAUCUGGAUGGACAUGGAUCAAAUAUUGACGAGAGAUUUACAUCCUUUGAUGGAAAGUGAAUGGACAACUCAAUGGGACUGUUAUGAUAAACCAUAUUUCUCACUUAACGGCGCAUUGAUGCAUUUCGAAAGACAUUCACCAUAUUUGUGUGAAGCGUUUCAUCUCAUGUCAACUUCACCUUUCCCUGAACCCAACACAUUCACAUGGGGAUCACAUCUUUAUUCCAAACUACAUCGAGCACUAUUAGCGGAUCACAUCAAACCAUUUGGGGUAUUACCGUGGUGUUUUGCCGAUCCAAGGAAUUGUCGCACGGAUAAUCGAUUCCCAGAUCCGUUCGAAACAGAUCCGACACAUUUUGCGGGUAAAGAAUGGGAUAACCAAGGUGGAAGAGAAGAAUUAGAAGAGAGGGUAGGUCAAGUUUGGACUGUUCAUCUACAUAAUCAAUGGAACAAGAAAUUCCCUAAAAACGGUUGGGUAGAAAGAUUACUUGAAGGUUAUAAGGGUCAAUUGGAAAGACUAGAGAGAUACGCAGAAGCGAGAGGUCUAACACGACAAGGGAGGGUAGUAUUGGGUAAGAAAGAGGAAGAAUUUUAA